AUGCCCCGUCGUCGUUUUUACGGUAUGGGGGAGGUUUGCAUGGUGGGUAAUAUCGAAAGCGAUGGCGAAGCAUCGGGAGAAGAGAAGGUGGACCAAGCCAGCAACAAUAAUAGCGGAGAUCUCUGGCAUAGUGCCUGCAGCUUCGUGCAUCGUCUGUCGCUAUCCGGCGCUCAAAACCGCGAGAGCAUCUCUGGCAGCCUCGUCAAACAGGGCCCGACCGAGGAGGCGGUAGAGGACCUACAGUCCCGUCUUGUCAAUUCCGAGCGGCUUCUGGCGGACCGAGACGAGACGAUUGACCUGCUAACCUCGGAGCUCGCGGCGAUGAAGGCGCUCUACAAGGAAACCAUUCUUGGGAUGCCUACUAAUGGGCUCUCUACAAUGACCAGCCUGCCGGGCUGCAUAUCCAUCAGCCCCGCCACCCCAAGUCGGCCGCAACUCCGGUCCAAAUCCGCUAAGUCCCUUCGACCGGCAUACUAUGACGAUGGCGACGAUGAGAACAACGAUGACAAGCCCGAAACACACGGGGCACUACACGCCGCUGUGAACCCUGUCGAAAGCAGCACCGGCGCAAACGCCGCCACUACGACGCCUCAAUCGGUGGCGGCGCAGGCUCAGGGGGGCCGCAUGGGGGCGCGGCUUGGGAAAUCUUAUAGCUGGCGCACAGGGCAUCGGCGGCAAUGCGUCUCCGCAUCCCAGGCCCCGGUGGAGAUACCGUUGUGAGCCCAGCCAACGGCGCCGCAUGGGGUGCGCGAUGGCAAGCGCAUCUCUGUGGGAGAUAAACUCGCGCUGGCGCUCAUUGAAAGGCCUGCUCGUUUCCCUCCAGCGAACGAAUGAAGGGUCAUCUUGCGACAUCCACCUGCCAUCGCGGAGUGGCUUUUAGACUGGUCUAUUUCGAGAGACUUCGAGGAGUCGUGACGGGCCUCUCCAACAAAUAGGCGAUAGCGGCUGCUCUGCUGGCAAACACUAGCUGUCAAUUAAAGGCUUGUGUGGGUGCGCCAGGCCUGCGACUUUUGAAUUACUCCGUUUGCUUGCGUGAUUUGCUAAACAAUCAUAUUGCUAAUCUUUAGCUUCUCGUUGUUUCGACAAGGGACGACUGCAUUGCUCGUUCGGCACAUACGAUUUUACCGGAGAGUACCGGCGGAUAAAACAAGUUUGAACCUUCCUUUC